UGGGGAGAAACUUUGCAAAGAGUGUGUUUGCGUGAAUGCUGAGCAGAAAAGGAAAAUCUAGAGAUCACAUGUGACAUGUUGUCCGUGCCAAAGACAGUCUGCAUACAGUCAAUGUAUCAAUCAGGAGUAUCAAGGUCUAACCAGGAUCUUAAAACAUGUGCCUUUACUGUUCAGCCUGCUGGUUAUCCUCUCCUUCCUCCUCAUGCUGUUGGAGUGACAGCACACCAUGGUCGUGCUGUGAGGAGCCAUUCAGGCCUCGCGGCCUCCACGGCACAGGCGUGAAAAUCGGCUACAUUUAAUCAGCCACGGUGGAGGAUUUAAAGAAAGGGAUCAAGAGAGCUUUGUCUUAAUGGAUUGGCUACAGUUUAGGGAUCCAGUACACAGAGUUAUACCUAGUUAAAAGCACCACUUGCUAACAAUAUAACUCAAACCACAUGGCACUUCCCUGAAACUUACUUGGCUUGGAUCUUUAUUUCACAUUACGAAAUGCAAAAUAUGUUUGUCCUCGAGUAUUUUUCUGUGUUAUGCCUCGGCAUUAGAGAGCCGAUCUUGAUUGAUUCUUCACUUCAUCAUUUUAUUCAUAUUCAAAAAAACAGAAAAUUAGGGAAUAAGUCAGCUUUUGUGUAUUUGGAAGUACAUCAAAUGACCCACACAUACAGUGGGACAAUUCUUUCCGUCUGUCUGUACAUUAAAAUUUCAAGCUUACGGCCAUGGCAAUUUUUACCAAUACAGUGAGGCCAUACAAAACAGGCGACAUUCAGAAAAGGGCCAGUGCAGUCAAACACAGCACUAAAUCAAGUGGCUUGACACAUGCCAGUUUGCCACAGCGCCUGAAUGGAAAAGGAAAGUUGUGGAGGCGUUGGGGUGAUCGGCAUUGCUCAGCUACUGCACAAGAGGCCUUUUCAGACCGCUGCAACACUGAUUACAUUGUGUGAAGGCCAGUCAAAGGGGAAAAUGACGAGAGCAGUCAUGCUGGACACACACAAUGCACAAAUGGCAGCGGUCAGAUGGUGGAGGAGAGAGAUUUUAGAAACGCAUUUUGGGAGACGGGGUCAGACGUAUGGGGAAACUCUCAGUACAUCACGGAGAGGCACGUAAACAACUUAAUAUCUGAGUUAGUUUGAUUCCAGAAGUGAGGUAAAAUAUCACAGCUUCUAAUGGUUUACAAGUACAGGGAUAAAACAGAGCGGUCCUGUGUCCUAAAUGUUCGUGUCCUAUUAUGUUAGAUUUUUAAGAUUUACAUAAACAGACAAAACGCGUUUUAAUUGUUCUAAAAAACAGAUUAAAGGUGCUUUAAGUUUUGUAGCAAUUUGGGAAAGAAAUACUGAGGAUCUUCUGAGUGUAUCCUCUUAGAAACGCCACCUAAAACACAUUGAACAGCUGAAGUUGUUUGUCGGUCUUUUGACUAACUAUAUCUGAACUUCCCUUAUUUCCUCCUCAGAGACAUUUAACGGGUGAAUUCACCCAAAUUACAAGUUUACCUUGAGUGGUUUCUAGCCAUGAAUAUAGUUUUUGUUUUAUUUGAGAUGAAGGCAUAAGUACACUUCAAACGAAGUACUUGUCGGAUGAUCAAACAGCAUUUGAAACCUUCUCCGCUCCCACACCUUUCCGCCAGACCAGUUUUAACUUGUAACUUGUAACUUUUGUAAUGAAACCGUCAAUCUGACAAGCCUGCCCACUUCCUGUAGUAAUUAGCCAGAUGUGUGGAUGUGACAAAUGUGCGUAAGAUUAAUACUUCUUCAAGCUCUCAUCUUUCAGUCUUCACACAACUUUUUAUGACACAAUGCAUGUUUACAACAGAGUACCACACCAUGAAUGUCCGAAAGUGUGCGCUGUUAUCUCCAUUUAUAUGAUUCAUCUUGUCUUGCCCCACUUUGUGAUUACAGGUUAUUUUAGCCUCAUUCAGAACAAGUAGAAGCACUUUUGCUUCUAGAUGUGGACAGACGGCACUGGUUCGUUUUUAAGAUGACUCUGGCCUUCAUCUCUGAGAUUACUGCCACCACCCCAAUGAAAUGGUAUAUGAAUGAAAUUUGAAAUGUGUGGUGCUCACAGCAUUGAACCAUGGCAUUCAAAACAUUCAACUGGAGUCUGUCUUUCCAGUAACAAAUGUAUUGUUAACCAACAGACCUCAAUAUGAACAGCUUUCAUUAGAAUACUUUCUAAUGAAAGCUGUCCAAGAGUGUUCCGUUACAGGGACACACGAUUUGAUAAUGGAGAAGUUACUUCUUCCACUCGCCUCCAUUGUAUUUCUAUUGAUCUCAAAUAUUUCAAAACUUGGGCAAAUAAAACCAAAACUAAAAACACAACCAAAUACCACAAGAUGAAAGAUUUGAGGGAGAAUUUUGGUCAAUAUUUCUAUUUGAAGUCUGAAAUAAAAUGUGUAGAGCUCUGAAUCUGAAUGAAAGCUGAGCCAACACAAAUUGAUCAAAUGUGUCAAACAACCGUCACUGCCAAUAACGAGGAACUUACAUCAGUUACACGAGAUUAUCAGGUCAUAUUUUCUUACUGCCGCAUCACAGCCUUUUGGGACGGUAGUUGAGAUGGAGAUUUUGAGGCAGGUGAGAGUCCAAACACAAGAAAUGUUAUUUAAAGAGACGGAAAAGCACAAACAGACACCACAUAAAAACAGAGUCAGGGGGCAAAUGACAGAAACACAUGGCUGUGACCCUCUCUUUGACUCUCUAUCCCGUCUCUUCCUCCCUGUUGAUGAGGACAAUGAUGAGGAUUGUGAAGAUGAUGACGGUAAUGAUAACAAGUUCUGUGUGCAUGAUGUGCAUUUCUAUGUGUACGAACGUAUAUUUAGAACUUCCAUGACAUGGCCAGGGAUCAUGAAAGAGUGCAAACGAGUCAUUGAUGGAUCGGAUGGAGCAGUCUAAACGUGAGGCUUGACCUCCCUGCCCCCCCUUCUUACUCCACGGCUGUUUGAGCAGAGCGUUCGGAUCAGGACAGAAUCUCAGGCCUUAAUGGAGGCAACUCAUUUCUGGUCCGUAUCUUUGAUGCUGUGCCCGUUAACAAUGCGUCCUUUCUGCGACUGGGUAAGAAUUGUCCAGCAGGGUUCCUGCGAGAGGGGAAAAUGAACGGGGGAUUAGCCGGACUAAUGGCCCCAACUUGUCGUUGAUGUUAAUUAGCAUUAAUAAGGACCCCCUUCUUUUAGCGGGUUGGAUUGAAAGGCGGAGGCGAGCUGCUGGUGUUUUUGCAAAUGUCCUGGCUCAUGUUUGUGCACACAAAUUCUCAGGCACGCGUUUUCGCACUCGCACGCACAAGCCAGGGCACUUUCUCGUUAAUUUCAGCAUCUCGUUGGUGCUCGCACUCGUCCGCUGAUGGCUUCCUUCUGUUUGUUCUGUGCUCGUUGUCAGAGGCCAUUUCCUCUCGCCACAAUGACUCCCUUUCACUGGGUUUGAUCUUUGUAGCUAUUCAGCCUCCUCAUUUCCAGUGGUCAAGAGAAGAAACCACCAUUCCCCUCCCCCUCCCCCAUGCGCGUGUUUGCAGAUGUACACAAACACAGAGAGGGAAUGAUCAGUGUGACCAGCGAAGCCGGGAAUCGACCCUGAUCUCCACUUAGCCAGUCGCCCCCCAUUUAAUGUCUCUCUGUAGGGCGUAGGUUUGCAUAUGGGCGUACCAAGUUCUCUAAUACGCCCUCGAGCCUGCGAGACAAGAUGCUGUCAUCUAAUUGGCUGAAGUGGCAGAGUCAGAAACACUCCGUGGAUCGUGACUUGCAGAAAGAGAGCUGGCAGCAGUCUGACACGGACCUGAAGCCAGGAGUUGUAGACAGCGUACCAAGUGGAGACAAACAGACGUCGGAGGUAAUAUCUGAAGACAGUUGUAGACAGCGUACCAAGCGGAGACAAACGGAUGUCGGAACUAAGAGAGAACCUGCAGAGGGCUUUGUGCCAGUACAUCAAAGAUACCCUCAGCCAUAUUGACACAGUGAUAGGAUUCUGUGAGAGUCUCUCUAUAUGGACGGAUGCAAGGAAGACAGAGCGGACAAAGAUGAGAAAAGUCACCGAUCAACAAGAGCUGUCUGCUGUGCUGGAGGACACUCGGGGAGGUCUGGAGAAGCUCGACUGCUUCCUGGAUGCAGUGGAGAAUCUGGCGGUCACCUCACUCCAUGUGUUCACGGUGGAGAACCCGGUGUUACAUCUGCCAGAAGGGAUCAGACCUGAACAUGUUUGGGGUGUCAUCUUUGCUGCACGUAUAAUCUGCCCUCUCCUCCUCGAGUUUAAAAGAGAUGCAAGUGUCUUCCUUCCCAAACUUGAGAAUGUGGAAGUGCUGUCAUAUCAGCUGAACAAAUACAUUCAGACCACCCAGAACAUCUGUACGACGUUAAAGAAAAGCUUCCUCAGUGACUUUUGCCUGAAGAUGAAUGACGAAACGCUGGUGGACCUCGAUGUGGAUUUGUCAGAAGAUGAAAUGCAAAGAAUGCUUUGUCACAUUAAUCAGCUCAAGGAAAUCCGGGACUACCAGCCCUUCCGCAUGGUGUUCUUGUUCCAGGAAGUGUCAUGUUCUGACUUCAUCAGUGAGUUCAACAAGCGAAGGCCCAGGAUGCUUCAGUCUCUGGAAGACCUGGAGGAGAAUGCUGUUCAGCUAGACAGGAUGAAUAAGGGGGCAAAGAUCUCUAGUGUGGCAGGCAGCUCAGUGGGGGCAGCUGGAAGUGUGCUUGCCAUCGCUGGUUUGGUAUUAAUUCCUGUAACAGCUGGUCUUUCUCUAGUUCUGACAAUGACUGGGAUGGGGAUGGGAAUUACCAGCGGAGUCAACGGUGCGGUCACCACUGCCACAGAGAUUGGCGUAAACUGUAAACAUCAAAACAAAGCCAGUGAGAUCUUCCAGAGCUUCAUGGAGGAUGUGCAGAGCAUCCAGGAUUGUCUGAGAGAGGUGUCCUUUCAACCAGCUCUUAACAGUCAAUUGAAAGCAGAAUAUGACAAGGUAUUCUCUCAGCUGGGGCCAGUUGCACAUGGCAUUAAUUCACUUAUUACAGAAAUCUCUGCUUUAAAGUCACUGCAGAAAGCAAAAGCACUACGUAGCAUUUCCAGGGUGUCGUCAGAAAUACCAUAUAUUGGUCAGGCAGUAGUCAAGGGGUCCCUUGCCCUCUCAAACACAGCCAGGAAAUUUAACAUUGGGCUCAAUGCUCUCUUCCUUGGCAUGGAUAUCUUCUUCAUCAUUAAAGACAGCAUCAGUCUGGCCAAAGGCAGCGAGACUGAAGUC